UCCGCUCGAACUCCUCCGAGGUCCCGCCCCGGCAGCCACUGCCUCGUCCAUCUCGGAGGCUCUACCCCAGCAGGCCCCGUGCCGCCGGCACCUGAGGUUUUGCAAGGGCAGUCCCGUGCCUGUCCUCCUCUCAUACCCGGCUCCGGGAAGCCACGCCUCUCCGAGGGCACGCCUCCUUCCGGCUCCCACUUAGGCCCCGCCCCGCGCCGGAGCUUGCGCGCUGCCGGUGUCCUCUCCCUUGCCGGCGGAUGCCCCUUGUGUCUCGGACGUCUGGGACAUGCUGCCUGAUUGCCUGUCCGCGGAGGACGAGCAGCGCUGCCGGCAGCUGCUAGCACGGACCACUGCCCGGCUACGCUCGCGGCCCGCAGCGGCCGCAGUGCUUGUGCCGCUGUGCCUGGUGCGCGGGGUCCCGGCGCUGCUCUACACGCUGCGCUCUAGUCGCCUGGUUGGGAGGCACAAAGGGGAAGUCAGUUUCCCAGGCGGUAAGUGUGAUCCCGACGACCAAGAUGUAAUACAUACGGCCCUUCGGGAGACCCAGGAGGAGCUGGGCCUAGAGGUGUCCAAGGAGCACGUGUGGGGUGUCCUGCAGCCAGUGUAUGACCGGGAAAAGGCAACCAUAAUCCCAGUGCUUGCCAGCGUGGGCCCACUGGAUCUGCAGAGCCUUAGGCCCAACCCUGAGGAGGUGGAUGACGUAUUUGAGCUGUCUCUGGCCCACUUACUGCAGACACAGAACCAGGGGUAUACCCACUUCUGCAAGGGUGGCCACUUCAGCUACACACUGCCUGUCUUCUUGCAUGGGCCACACCGUGUCUGGGGCCUCACAGCUGUCAUCACUGAGUUCACCCUGAAGCUGCUGGCCCCUGGCACCUACCAGCCCUCCCUAGCUGUCCCCCAGCUGCCUAAGGGUUGAGGCCCGCCUGGCCUUUCAGUGCCUCUACCUUCAUUUGGCCAGGCUACUCCAGAACUGAUUAAAAGAGUGUUUGAUGAUUC